UUUAGUGUUAAAUUAUAUUUUGAGUGUAGUACUAACCUAAUUUUUUAACGUUUUUUUUUUUUUUUUAAAGGGAAAGGGAAUUACUGGACUUUGGACCCCAACUGCGAGAAAAUGUUCGAUAACGGCAACUUCAGAAGGAAGAGAAAAAGAAGAGCUGAUGGAAACGCCAGUGGUCUGUCUGUAAAAUCCGAGGACGCGCUCAAAUUGGCGGACACGGCGAGCCUGAUGAGCGCGUCCCCGCAGAGUCUCCAAAACUCUCCGACCUCCAGCGAGCCCAAAUCAUCUCCCUCACCGUCCGCCGAGCACAGCCCGUGUUUUACCAACUUUAUCGGUAACAUGAACUCGGUAAUGGCGGGAAACGGCAACGGGAUCAGAAGCAGAGACGUCAGCUCUGGACACUUGGGGGAUUUUACGCACGGCAUGUCUGGACAUGAACUCGCCCCUCCAUCAGAACCCAACAGACUAAACUACUACUCAACAUCCCAUAAUAACAGUGGCUUGAUCAACUCGCUCUCCAACCAUUUCAGCGUCAGUAAUCUCAUAUACAACCGAGAUGGAACCGAAGUUUAGAGACGGUCAAUUUGUUGAACCUCUAAUGUGCUCUGUGAGUACAUGGCCAAGCUGUUACAAUAGACUUCAUUUCUAUACACUUUCACCUCAGUUGCACAGCUUGAAGUUCAUUUUAAUUCAUUGUGUGGCCUGUCUGGUGUUUUUGAAUGCAUCAGCCAGUGCUUGGCGUGGGUUUGCAUCAUUUACAUGUAUUCUGCCUUGAGUAAAUGGUAAUUCUGCACCAUACUGUGAUACUUUACAUGUCCACACAUGUCUAUUUCAUAGGCCACUAUAACAAGUGCCUUCUGAGAUGCUGUUUUUUGUAGAAGAAAUGUAGGUAUAUUUUAUUUAAAUGGAUUGUUUCUGAUUUGUAAAUAAAACGUGCAUAUAUCUGA